AUCCACUCUGUGUAUGUGAAAGCCAUGGAUAUGGACAACCCCAACCAGACCAUGGUGAGCUAUUUCUUCCUGGAGGGUCUGAUGUACACAGCUGAACAUCCUAGCCUUUUCUUCCUCCUCUUCCUCCUCAUCUAUAGCAUCACCUUGACUGGGAAUCUUCUCAUUCUUACAACUGUGGGCUGUGACCCUCAUCUCUGCUCUCCUAUGUACCACUUCCUGGGGCACCUCUCCUUCCUGGAUGCAUGUUUGUCUACAGUGACAGUGCCCAAGGUCAUGGCAGGCCUACUGACUCUUGAUGGGAAGGUGAUCUCCUUUGAGGGUUGUGCUGUACAGCUUUACUGCUUCCAUUUCCUGGCCAGCACAGAGUGUUUUCUGUACACAGUCAUGGCCUAUGACCGCUACCUUGCUAUCUGUCAACCCCUACGCUACUCAGUUGCCAUGAACAGGCAGAUGUGUGCAGGGCUGGCUGGUAUUACUUGGGCCAUAGGUGCUGUGCACUCUGCAAUCCAUACCUCCCUCACCUUCCGCUUACUCUACUGUGGGCCUCAACAUAUUGCCUACUUCUUUUGUGACAUCCCCCCUGUGCUAAAGCUGGCCUGUGCAGACACUACCAUUAAUGAGCUAGUCAUGCUUGCCAACAUUGGUAUUGUGGCAGCAGGUUGCCUGAUCCUCAUCAUCAUAUCCUACAUUUUCAUCGUGGCUGCAGUGUUGCAGAUCCGCACAGCAAAAGGCCGGCAGCGUGCCUUCUCCACUUGCACCUCCCACCUCACAGUGGUGUUCCUGUACUACAUACCACCCGUCUGUAUCUACCUGCAGCCUCGCUCCAGUGGAGCAGGGACUGGGGCUCCUGCCAUCUUCUACACAAUAGUCACUCCCAUGCUCAACCCUUUCAUUUACACUCUACGGAACAAGGAAGUGAAGCUAGCUCUGCGAAAACUUCUGGGUCAAGGCUCCCAAGAGUCUCCAAUAGGCAGCCCACCCCGCUAA